CCGUUUCUCCACAUAUCGAGUCGACAGGAGGAGCCACCGCAGCCGUCCUUGAAGGGAUGCGGCGGUGACCUUGUGCAGACAGAUGGCCAGAGGGAGAAGCAGACCGGGAGGGGGACUGAGUGCGAGAGAAGCUGCCGGUUCCCUCGUGAGCCCAUUACUGUCCACAAGCUCCACUGCAAACCUGUGAGAAGACUGGCAGAGAGGACAAAUAUACAGUGAGGGUGUCAAUCAAGAGCGGGUGCGGACCCCCCGAGUGAUAAAGACUGAAGAAGACGUAGGGUCGUGAGCAGCAAACGUCUCUGCCGCAUUUCCUUUCCGUCGCUCAGACGCGCGCUUCGCGCGUGUGCACGUGUUUGAGAGCGCGCGGGCGCGAACGUUUUUGAGUGAGUGAGGGUCUGUCCUUAGACGCCGAAGAGCAGCAGCUGUCGGAAGCUCGCAGUAAUGUUGGCCGAGCAUAGAGGGGAAGCGACGAGACGCCCCCCAAAGACUGGAAUGAGUGGCAGCUACUACACGUUCACCGCGGCGUGAGCCCCUGGACCCUCAUGGUGAAUGACAGCACGCAAGAUGGGCUACUCCGACCCGUCGGGCAGAGAUCUGCUGGGAAACAGGUCGCUUUGCUUCAUUUUUAUUUGCGCCUUUGGACUCGUAACCUUAUUGCAGCAGAUCCUCUACGGGAAAAACUACAUCAAGAGUGGACUACAGUUUAGCUGGCAGAGUGGAGACGAAUCGGAAAAUUGGACCGGGACCUUUAAUUUCACGGAUGGUGGAGCACAGAAGCCUGCCAGUGAUGGGAACAGCAGGUACUUUGAGUUCUAUGAAGGUCCCUAUAACUUCAACUCAACAAUAUGCAAAGACCUAAGACAGGAGAUUAUGGAUGUGAAGGUCCUUUCCAUGGUGAAACAAUCAGAGCUUUUCGACAGAUGGAAGAGUCUACAAGUCUGCAAAUGGGAAAUGAACAAAGUGGAAGCAAAUGCUUUCAAAACUUCUCUCUCACGAUGUUGCAAUGCCCCUACCUUUCUUUUUACUACCAAGAAAAAUACACCUGCAGGAACAAAGCUAAGAUAUGAAGUGGACAGCAGUGGUAUUCUUCACAUCAGUGCUGAGAUUUUCAAAAUGUUCCCAGAUGAUAUGCCAUUUUCCCGAUCCCAGUUCAGGAAAUGUGCAGUAAUUGGAAAUGGUGGAAUCUUGAAGAACAGCAAAUGUGGGAAGGAGAUUGAUUCAGCUAAUUUCGUCUUUAGGUGCAACUUACCUCCUAUCUCUGACAAGUAUGCAGUAGAUGUUGGAUACAAAACUGAUAUAGUGACAAUCAAUCCAAGUAUAAUCACUGAAAGGUUCCAAAAGCUAGAAAAAUGGAGGAAGCCUUUUUAUGAAGUCCUUCAGACAUAUGAAAAUGCGUCUGUGGUUCUUCCUGCCUUCUACAAUACACGCAACACAGAGGUUUCAUUCAGGGUUAAGUAUGUGCUGGAUGACUUUGAUUCUCCACAGUCUGUAUUUUACUUCCAUCCACAGUACCUGCUUAACGUGCAGCGUUUCUGGAUGAUGCAAGGUGUGAGAGCCAAGCGACUAAGCAGUGGACUGAUGCUGGUCACUGCAGCUAUGGAGCUCUGUGAAGAAGUGCAUCUCUAUGGCUUCUGGGCUUUCCCUAUGAACCCCUCAGGAAUCUUCAUCACGCACCAUUACUAUGACAAUGUCAAGCCUCGGCCUGGCUUUCAUGCUAUGCCCAAUGAGAUUUUUAACUUCCUGCACCUGCACAGCAGGGGGAUAUUGCAGGUCCAUACUGGAGUCUGCAGCUCUACUUAUGGGGGCCAAAGCCUAUUCCAGCAGACUCAGGUGGCAAGCAGGAACCAAUCCUGGACAGGUUGGCUGAUUAGUUUGUUUAAUUUCAGCACAAUACAUUAUUGUUAUAGCAUUAAAUCACUGGAAUUUACUUUUGUGACUCUUAUAAUAAAAACUGCACAAAUAUAUGUAACACAAAUGUUACACCAGCGCAAAUUCACAUAAAAGCACAGGGCAACAUCUCACAAUCAUAUGCCACAGUCAUCCAUCCAUUUCUCAUAUCUACUUAGUUCACUGGAGUCAAUCCUGGUAGCAUCAGGUGCAAGGCAAGACCCAGUCCUGUACAUACAGUAAACUUACUGCAGGACUCAAGAUAAACAUAUAUAUUUUUUAAACAUACUGCUAAUAUAGUACAUUAAAAAACAGCAAUUUCUUUAUCGUAAACUAAAAAGUUCAAAUCUUAUACAAUCUUUUGGUAUGUUCUGUGAAGAGGUGAAUCUGUUCAGGUUUUUCACCUCAAUGACUGAAUGGAAGGGGUCAGUUGACACCUUAUGAAUUUUAUUUUGGAGCAGAUAAUGGCAACAAAAGAAGAGUCACAGCCAAAGACCUCAGAUGCUGUCCUCUUGCCUGUUGUUUUCUGCUGAAUCUGGAAUGCCAUAUUAAACUUAAGUUUUGUUCUUCUGUAGCUCUUUUCUAAACACUCUGUCACUGUGUGUAUUAUAUAGUUUUCUUUUUAGCGAUUCCCCAGAAAAUUGUUUGUGUUUUAUGAGAUUAAAUUUAUUGCCACAGUUUAUUUUUUCUAAAUAUUUGUAUAUAUUUUUAUGCACUCAAUGAGGCCUACCAUGAACAAGCAUGGCUUGAGCUACGCCGUAUGUUCUAUACUGUAAAUACUUCUAGAGAUACAAGCCAUUACAGGAGAAGCCUUCAUCAUUUUUCUGAGGUAGAAUCAAGUUGCGUUGUGUAUAUCAGAAUUACUGUAGAUCUCUAUGCAGUAGGUUGCCAUUAACUGUGCUUCAAACAUUUUGAUCUUUCUUUCCCAACAAGGAUAGUAUUGAGCAAGGCAUCCAUUUUGCCAUAUAAAUCUGCCUGCCAGGAGGAAACUAGGACUUUAAAAAGCACACUCCCAAAUCUUUUUAAUAAUUGUGAAGCACAGUUGUUUUACCUUUUUCCAUUUUAAGCACUCAGAUUUAGUUUUAAAAUGAAUCUUGUAUAAUUUGAUACUAAGAAAAUGUUUGUGUACACUUUGUAUGUAUUCUAGCAACGGUAGCAGAUAAGCAAGAACUGUAAAUGUCAAAAGCUCAUCUCCAACAGAGUGGAAUUAGCAACUCCACCUUUGCAUUUUAUUGCUGUAGCUCUGAUCAGGAAGGAUUCCAGAGGAAUGAGAGAGUCUGCCCCUCACUCAGUAUACUUGUAAAAUGUCAGAAGAGAUUCAGAAGCUACACAUUUUAUAAACGGAUUAUACCAUAUAUCAUCACUUGACAGAGUAUUUUUUUUGCAGUCGCCUGGGUGGCAGUUUAUUUAGUCUGGCAGCAGUGAGGGUUAGAAAAGCUUAGGGAAAUGUGACUGCAAUCUGUAAACUAUAAACAAUAGCCAGUAAACUUUUUAUUCAGUUCUUUAAAGUGUAUACACAAAUUUGAAGCUAAUUUUAUGGCUUUAAAUUGUACAACUGUGCUUUUGUAGGAAUAUAUUUUUUAUUUGGAAAGUGCAUAUCAUCUUGGAAUUUGUGGAUUGCUGUAGCUGGCUCUUAUAUAAAUGCUAAAGAAUAUCAGUAAGACUUUAACAUCAUAUAAAGCUAUGUCUGGAUGAGUCUUAAAAUAUCUGAUUUCAGUUUUCAUGGACUGAAUUAAUCAAAAUGUUUUCAUUUUUAAUAGUCAGUUGUGUGCUUCAAGUAUUUUUUCGCUGUAAUGUAUACAAGUGAGAAAGACAAUCUUCAAAAUAUCAGUAUGACUUCAAAAUCUGUGCACUCCUCAAAAGAAAUUUCACCACCCGUUCAAGAAUUCAGCUGACAGACCACUUUCAAGGAACAAGAAUGUCUGACUGGAAUGGAGAGCCUGUAAGAAAGGUCAUUUAAGUGUAAACAUCAUCCUGUCUGUCAUCAGCAUUUGUAAUUCUAAUAAAUGACGUGAUAUUUGAAAGUUAUGGAGUUAAAAAUGAGAUUACCUUUAUAUGGCAAAAGGUAAAGUAUGCUGAGCAGAAACCAUCCACACAGCCCACUGAUAAAAACAGAUAUGCAUUUGUACAUUUUACUGUUAAGAAUCUAUGGAUCAGUUGAUCCAUAACAGUGUUGUGUAAAUAACAAAAUAGAGUAUGAAUGUCUAGCUUUCAAUUUUAUGAUGUUUGCAUAAAUCACUGCACAGAACACAAAAUCCAGAGGAGAAAUGUGCAGUUUUAUUAGUGAAAUAGCUUACUGGGUGGUCACUUCUGUACGUCAUCGACAGUGUCGUGAUGUAAUGGUUGAUGUGUUCUUGCUGUAUUAAGAACAUUCAAAAAAGAUGGAUUUUCUGUCUUUGUAAUCCUGAAAUAUAUGUAAGAGCUUCUGAUGUGUUGUCACAAUAUUGUGUCCCUGUUUCUUCACAUGUUGUGUCAUGUCACACCAUUUUCUUUCAGAACUUAUCCUUUUCAAAUUUCCUGUCAGGUUUUCCCCAAUAUCUCACAAAAAAUCUGUUGCUGCAAGAUAUCAGAAUCUGCACAGUCGUGUCCCCUCUUCUCCAAUGGGGAUCUUAUGCAUUCUGAGGACUAACACGUCAAAAAAGACUGGUGGUUCUGACUUCCUUAUAUGAAAUUGUGGAUUGUUUUGAUACUGAGGAUGUGUUCUAGAGUUUGUUUGAUGUGCCAAUAGUGUGUUUCAUGUCUAAUUAAUAUAACAUUGCUGAUAAUCUUAUAAAAAGUCAAGUCUGUGUGGAUGGGUAGAUUGAGGCUUUUUGUAUCAAACUCAUGAUUUGCUGAGUUUUCAUGGGUGUUCUUUUUUCCUUUUCAUUUGUUUUACUUUUUACACUGUUUCCUUUAUCUGUUAUACUGUUUCUACUAAUGUUAAAAUAUUGCUAGCUUUAUUUAUAUAUUGUAAUGAAUUUCUUUUUGAGGAUCAAUUGUGCUUGUCUAUUUAAUCAUUCUUUUCAAUUUGCAAAAUAUUGCACUGUGCUAUUCUAUACUAAUUUUACAUUUUCUUUAACUACUUAAAACAUUUUUCUCCAUGCAGUGCCAAUGACAUCACAUGCUAUUUCAGUACCGCACAAAAACUUUAAUAUAAUAUCUUACAGAUAUAUCUGAUUACAUGUGAAAAGCACUUAGCAUAUCUGUUCAUUAAAUCAAGGAAGCCUAAAUUAAUAUUUUGUUUGGGUUGCAAAGAAGGUACAUGAGAGAAGGUGAUCAUCAGUUGGCUUUACACCAUAGGAACCACGUUAUGUGAACUAUUCCAUAACAUACGUAAUUAUUUGCUGCUCUGAUGCUGAUCUGUUAGGUCAUAAAAUAGGUCAUUACGAUAGCAAUUGACGAGGAGAAGAUUAUGGUGGGAUAGGGUGCAAAGCAAAAAAGGAAUUAGCUUUUGAUUAAAUGAGCCAUUCAUUCCAUACCUGUGUAGGGAAUGGAGCUGUGAACUACCAAAGAGUACAUACAAAUCUGGUAUUUAGUGGUGGAAAGAAAUUUUGACUUUAAAAUAAUAUAAUUCCAGUAGUACUUUACUCAGCUUAAUGGUGAAUGUUAAAAUCUUUCUAAGUUACACUAAUGUUUUUUCAGGCAUGAAUUUAACUCUUUUUCUCAUCCAGCUAUCUAUUUUAAACCCAUUUAAUCCAGAAAUCAAGAAGCCAGGGCCUUUACUGGCAGCAUUCAAUACAAGUCAAGAACCAAACUUGAAUAGACUGCCAAUCUAUUGUAUGGCACACUGACGCAUACAUCCACUCUACGCAUACAGGAAUAAAAUAUGUUUUAUGUCGGAAAAUAAAUUAAAGAAUAAUAAAUGUUCUACUUACAUAAAUAUGCAGACCACUUAGUGAAGGCACCAGUAACUUCAGUGACAGCUUUACUGUAAAUAUCUUUGGCACAUACAGUAUCUAGUCUUUGCCCCCUGUUUGAGGUGACUUUGGUCUCUUCUUCUUGGCACCUUUUCUCUAGCUCUCAAUUUCUUGUCCUUCACUUUGAAUUCCAAGUUGUGCCACAGAAUCUUGGCUAGGACUUCGGUCAGAACUUACAAAGGUUUUCUCAAAGAGAUUUGCUGUUUUAUUUAUAGGUAUGUAUAUUUAAAGGUUCAGUUUCUGGGCCACUGUAAUUUAGUUUUGAUCCUCUGCAUCUUUCUUUCUUUCUUUCUUUCUUUCCAAACCAACACAGGUUGCACUAAAGUUCACACACAUGCCACGGCCCAAUUUCAAAUUAACAAUUGACAAGAUAUGGAUCUGCUUGUGAUGAAAUAGAAGAAGAUGCUUGAGAGCCCAAAAUAAUUUCAUGCAGACACAUGUUAUGAUAAUGUAUACUGAAUGUGGGUCCCUUGAGCUUUGAAGCAGCAGUGAUAAAUGGUUCAUAACCACAUUGAUUACUGAUGUGUAUUUUAGUUUUAAUUUACAUGUGUAUAACAUCUUUAUCUGGUUAAGUACAUUCUGAAGGCACAUUAGUGUACAGCUUGGCCAUCAUUUUCAUGAUUUCAAAAACAAGCAUAAUGUAAGCUUGGGAUAAUUCCCCACCAUUUUGUAAUGUAUCCUUAGCACUUUUGCAAAAUCACUAUGUUGCCAGUAGUAAUUAACAUCAAGUUAUCAUUCUGAAAUUUCCUAAUGGGGUAGUAGCAGCCACAUGAGUCAUACUUCAAGCAUUACAAAUGGCAUGCAGACCCCCGAAAACUCUAUGCCAACAUCCCCUCAACAUUUAAGAUCAAAGUAUCAUCCCUGGUUUCAGUUGUACAGUUGUUAGUCCACUGGGACAAUAGCAGUUCACAACUUUCAAGAUUAGAGUUCUCACUUAUGUUUUUGAAGUUUUAUCUAACAUUUUUUAGAGCCCCAUGUCUAACAAGGCUAGGUAUAUUCAGUGUAAAACAUAAAGACGAAAAUGCUGUGUAUGUGUAAAGUUAGAUAAGACAAAGAACUCAUUAAAUUCUUGCAACAUAAAUAAUACAAUCCAUCCAUCUUCAAAACAUGUUUAUCAUAAUCAAAUAUAAUGUUUUGUAGCAUCCAGUAAAUAAAGAAGUUUUUACCAGGUCUAUUUUUAAACUGUAAAACCUAUUUUUCUUUACAUAUGAAAUGAAUAUUAUUUAACAAUCAAGUGGGAGGCUUACUAAGGCUGCAUCCAUUUUUCCUGUCAAGACAAGCAGGAUAUCUUCUUUUUCAGCUACUGAAAAAUAGCAGCUGCAAUUCCUGGAGAGUUGCUCUGUGCAAUUAUACUGAUAACACAGCAGAGGAGAAAAAAGGCUGAUAAUGUGGCCUUCUGGCAUUCAUGGUUUGAAUCUCAGCAUGCAGGUUUGCCUUAAAGCAGUCCUGCUGUUAUGUACCAAGCCAAGAACAAAAAAAGACAUUUUUCACUGAAAUCACUAAGACUAGCACUCUUUCCUUCUACUAAUGUAUGGCAUGACUCAAAGACUUGCAACUUUAGUUUGAAAUCACAUGAAUCCAAGAUGCCUAAUACUAAGUGAUAAUGUAUAUUUAACAUUUUUUGUUAUUUGGUUUAAGUAUUUCAGUCUGUAAAUGAAGUCGCCAGUUAUUUCAUAUAGCUCUGUCUAAAAUAUUAACCUUUUCAAGGCACUGUAAACAGUAAACAUGAUCUAAAUACAUUAUAAGUUAUAAUAGAUAUUACAUAUAAUAAAUAUUAUAUUCUAUAAUAUAAUGUAUUACAAUGUAUUAUUUUCUCUUUCUUUGUUAAAGUUGUAAUUAUAUCCGAAUUGUCAAAAAUAUGUCAGUCUACUUGUCGUACACUUAAUAAGUAAAUCCUUUGACUUAGUUCCUCCCACUUAAAUCUUUUUUUAAUGUUGACAUGGAUUUCAUGUAUUUUAGGGUUUAUAGGUUAUUAGUGUUGUGCCAUGAUCAGUGAGUAUUACUACCUACCUAAAAAGCUGCUGCCUUGUGGGAUUUCCACAGCAAAACAGGGAAUAUUCAGUUGUGGUGUGUAAAACCCACCUGGAUACACUGAACAGCUCCAACUGAUACUUCACAAGGUGAGUCCUUUUGUUUGUAGUUGGGCUGUGAACCAAUUAUUGAGAUUAGAAUUUAAAUCUAUUAAUUGCUUAUUUACAUAUCAGCAUUAAUAAUUCCUGGUGACUACUUUGUUGCCGUAAGUUACAAGUAUACCUUUAACAUAUUAUUUUCACAAUAAAUAAUUACAUUUUCAUACACUAUUAUGUUCUCAAAUAUUGCUAAGUUCAGUUUUAAUUAACCACUGGAAAAUAUCCUGUAAUGGUUUGUGGCCCCUUAAUUUUAUAUUUUAAAGAGAAUUGACUUUUUCUUUCUUUUGUUCAUGGAGCUUUCCUGUAGAUCAGGUCAGAUAUACAUUUCACAUCAUAUUUUAACUGGUGCCACUUGAUGAUUGAUCAUUUUAUUGUAUAAGUGGCUACAUUCCAAUGGGGCCCUGUUAAGAGUACUGAGACAUAUAGCAGAUAUUGAGAGAGUCUGGCAGAUAAUUUUUAAGACAAGGACUUGUGUCCCAAAGCAUAGCAAAAUGGUUAAUAUCAGUUUGUCCAACAGCAGCUACGAUGAAUAAGGAACACAGGUGUUUUGGUCCUUGCAAACAUCUUUCUGAUGUCUCAUGCUUUACAUACCACAAAAGACUAGAAAAAAGGAAUUGCAGCUGAACUCGCCAUACCUGUAAAGCCUUCACACAGAUACCAGCUCCUUAGACAGCACAUUCAGCAAAAGGGCAAAGCUUGCCAUACUUUGGAGAUGUGAAAUUGACUUGGAAAGUCAUCUGAUUUGACAUGCACUGUGACGGGUCAGCAACCGUAGCCAUCAAGUUUGACAUCCCCUUUAACUAUAAAUCGUGUAAUGUGACAUCAGCUUUAAUAACAGUUGCAAUCAGCUUUAUUGUAUACAAUGCCUUCAUAUAGUAAAACUUGACUAGUGUUGAACUGCAAUAUAGUUGUUUCUGCAUAUGUUUUUGCAACUGACAGAUACUGUAGGUAUCUUGACGAAGCAAGUCGGAGAUAGCAGAUGAAUUGCCAGCACCCUCAGAAUUUAUUUGCAUAUUUUCCUUGAGUACACUCUCACAGAUAUCAGUUCAAGUCAGUUUGUGAUUCAGUGGAAUGUGCCUUGCAUCUAGUGCUGCCAGCUUGACAAAAGACUGCAAUGAACAGGAAAAUGCAGCUAUGAAAAUGGAUAGCAAAUUCUCAGAGAUCCAGUAAACCAAUGCCAUAGAAACCAUUAGACAUAUAUAAGCAAAAGACCUCUGUGUGUGUGUGUGUGUGUGUGUGUGUGUGUGUGUGUGUGGAGCAGUCCGCUUUGCUCACGCUUAACCACAGUUAGUAGAUGGCUCAUGCAUAUACUUUAAAUACAUUUUUUCAGCACAUGCAUGUAACUCGCUUCUCACUACGAAAGACCUGUGUGCACAAACGCCACUGCGCAACAACGACAUUGUGCUAAUGACACAGAUGAAGAGACACAACAUCAAAAUGAAGCAAUCGCUGCAGCUCAACAACAUGCAAGUUAAACACCUCAGCAAUAGAGGGCAAGGCUUGAAGUUUUCACUAAAAACAUUAUCUAUCUGAAAGUUAUUUUCUCAAGACAAAAUUUUACAGGACGCGUAUGCCAGUGAUACGGCCAUGAUAUGGUAUCGCUAGUGUCUUCUUACAAAAGUGGGUCCACGUGCUCUGCACGGGGUAAUUCUUAAGAGUUAGCUAACACUUCUCCUAGUUAUAGUAAAACUGCUAGAGAGUGUUUGGGUUGUUUUUUGUCCCAAAGAUCACACAUAGCUAGUCUAGAAUAUAAUGUACAGUAUGCUAAUAUGUUAGAAAACCUUCAAGCAUACAUUAAUGUUUAGAAAACUCUUUUUGCAUGUUUUAUGAGACCCUUUGGCAAACAGUAAAUUAAUUAUUCAGCCAGCUGCAGUACUCUUCAUAAUUUGCUGUACAAAAAGUCCUUCCAUUAAGCCUGCUUUUAAUCCAUUUCAGCAGAAGCUGCAAGGUAGGAGCCGGUACUAGACAGAGCUCACAUUCAUGCACACACCUGCUAUCCCUCACACCAGAUAAAUUUAGAGUUAUAUUGAUAUUCUUCAUGAUAACAGGAGAUCAUCCAAACAAAGCUUGAUAAAUCCUAUUAACCUGGAUUCCAGAAAAUGACACUGAGUUGAGAUUUGACGGACCCUAAAGUUCUAUUGUCCACUACACUACUUGGUGAAUUAUGCCAUGUUUAUGUAAGUUGUGGUUUCAUACAGUAUCCUACCAAUAGCCUGUAGUGCUUGUAUGAACCUGCAGAAUACUAAAUGUGAUUUUGUGAAUAUCAGUAAACGUCAUUUUAAACGUGGUGUUUAUUCAAGCCGGCAUUAAAGAUACUUUUUGUAAGCUUCUGUUUCAGCGGAGCUCCCAACUGAGCCAAUUAGUUAUUAACAAGUAAUAGACACAGCCCCAUGCGGUUUAAGCUCCACGUGGCCUUUUUAAAGUCAGCCUCUGUUUUGUUUUUCUUUUUUUUUGUAACUGACGCUCAAUUACUUUCUCACCUGACUGCUACUGCUCGGUGGUAAUAAUUGGUGAGAAUCAGUCGGAGUUUAUUUUUAAAAAACAUAUUGGUACUGCAUAAGAUGUUUGCCACAUUUCAUUUUGUGCUAUAUGCAAUGCUAUGUGUAUUAAGAAGGCACACCUUUACUUUUCAGACCUAAAUAAGUCACUGGAAUUUUGUUUUUCGUUCCAGCUGCUUUCCAUUAUUCAGUUGUGCACUUGAUCAACAGUGAAAAUUAGCAUUUAAACAAGAUGGAUGAAAGAUAGAUGGCCCCUGAAUUUUUUCUUUGGCAUUCCCAACUUUUAACAUUUUUCCUUUCCAGUCAUACUUCUUACAGAGAUUCAUCCGUUCUUGUUUACAUCUGCUUAAUCUAGUUAUGGGUUACAGGAGACUACAGUAGAUGAGAGGCGAGUCUUAAAUCAUAGGUGACGUUUCAGUGGUGUUUAUGAUUUAUUCUUAAGAUAAACAUUUUGCUCAAUUUUGUUGCUGCAGUAAGAAGACCUAAGUGGAUACUUUAGGUUUGCUUGUUAUAAGACAGUGACAGUUAAAGAGGGUAGGAUUCUGAUGAACCUUUGGCAUUCAAUAAACCAUAAACAUUUAAUAAAAAUGCCCCACCCAACAUUUGAAGCACCUUCCAACACUAAGCAAGAGAGAAAGAAUGGAAGAAAGAUAGCAGUAAUGGCCAUUAGGUGAGCCAAAGAUGAUAAUAAAGAUCAGCAGCCAAAUACUAAAAGUGUGUUUGAAUUGUUCAUUGCAAUACAAAUGUAGUUUUCUCAGUUUCCAUUUGUACAGCAGUAGAGUAGGUGAACAAAAUAACACAACAAGCAAGUAUUGUUUUUUUGAAACUGUGGUGUUUGAAACCCUUUGACAUUCACCUAUGUCACUGUGACCCCACAAAUCAAUUUGAUCUCAUCUCUCAUCAGGUCCACUUAAAUAGAUAAGCUUGGUACUUAGCAACUUCUUCUUCCUGUCACUGAGGAGAUACGGCGGGAUUCUUUUAAACACAAUUCUGGAAGGUUUCUGGUUUCACAGCAGUGGUCAUCCGGAGCACUUCUGAGUCAUACAGAAACCAGGGCAGUCUUCCUUGACAGCACCCUCUUGUAGCACCCAUGGACCCUGGCAGGGCUGUUCUUCUAAACUCCAAUUCCCAUGCAAACCUGUGGGAGUCCUAACAGGGACCAGCAUGGAGGGACACUGCCACCCAUUGUUUGGGGUUUAUUUGCCCAGUCCAUCCACUAGCUUUUUACCCUGACUGGGAUAAGGCUUUCUAGCCAUCAUAGCCAGGUUGCCGCUCCUUCCGUGCUUCCGUACCCAGCUGGGUAUGGGAUUUCCCUUCAUUCCAGUCAGGGUGCCAGUUCAUCAUUAGGGCAGAGGUUCCCAAACUCAAUCCUGGGGAUCCACAGUGGCUUCAGAUUUUUAUUCCACCCAGUUUCGCAAUUAGUGGGUAAUUUUUACCUCUCAUUUAAUUACCUGGUUUGUUUGUGUUUUGUUUUUCUCUUCUCUUACUCUGUAUUCAGAAAAGCAUAGCAGUGUGAUUUUUACAUUUAUAAGACAUUCAGAAAUAUUCAUAUUUUUGCUGUAGCUUUAAAUGCUUAACAGUCUAUUGCCGCUUUCCGAUCUAAUUUGCCCUUUAUCUCUGAAGUUUGCUGCGUUAAUUAUAUCCUUAAAAUGACAAUAACGAAAAAGGAGGACAUCUGGGCAAACAGCACUGUUUGCCAACAGACUACAACUACUUCUGCAUCAGGUCCUCUACUGCAUUCAUUGGUUUAUUUUGGGUUAAAUAAUCAGAAUGCCUGGUAAAGCAAAAUGAAAAUCAUCAUGAGGAUCAAAGUAUUAAAAACCAACUUUAAAAAAAAAAACAAAACAAAACACUAGAUUACGUAACAUACAUAAAUUCUUGGUACACAAAUUUUUAUGUUCAUCCCAAAACAUAGAAACUGGGCAAUAAUUGCUUACGUAAUUAGGCUAGGAGUCCAAUUAAAAUCAGAAAUCGGUUGGUACAAAACCUGCAGCCACAGGGGAUCCCCAUGACUGAGAUUGGGAACCACUGCCUUAUGGCAUUUACAAUGUAAGUACUGCCUUUGAGUUAUUAGCCAUAUAUUAUGCUAUAUGUUACAUUUUUGGCAGAUUCACAUGAGUUUUCUCCUUAUAUUUUACUAUUAAAUAUGGAUAAGCUUAACUCCACUUAAAAGCGAAGUUUUUCAAAUAUGUUCUUGAUGAUGUCCUGUAUCCUUCAUACUCUACAUGUAAUCCAAAAGCACAUAGGGUCUGGACACAUAUUACAUCGUCAGAUUAGCAUGGAGACAACAUUUAAUAUGUAUAUGCGCUCUUUAUAUUUGUUUAACAGUUGAUAACUUUUGCCUCCAUGCAUUUACAGAACAAUACUUAUUUAGAAUAUGAAAACAUUUUAUCAUUGAUUUUUCAAAACUUAAAACCAGUGGUGAUUAUUUUGGUACAAAAAGCCUUGAUUAUUUCUUCAGAUCUACCCAACAGUACAUUUACUUUUUAUUUUCAGCAGUGUGUACUGUGUGUUCUGUUAUUUCAAUAAAUAAUGUGUGUAGAGUGUGUCUGUCUGUAAGUAUCUAACAUUGUAACAUCUUUGUACUGAUAUUUAUGUAGGAGAGGUAAUCAUGUACUUUCUCUAUGUAAAUAUCACAUGGUGUAAUAUUUAAAGCAAUAAAUAGAGAUCAUUGAAGAAAU